AUGCCACCUUCAGCUUUCGUAGCAACUUUUCCUGCCUCUACAACCUUCUUUGAGCGACGCACCCGUCAGUUGCAAACGCCGUUUGUAGCCUUGUUGUAUGCCAUCUACACACACGGCAAAACAAAUGUCCAUGCUCCUCCGCAAUUUCAGCUGGAGAAGCGCAAUCUCGGGUCAUCGCCUCUCCAAGUCACCGAGGUUUGUCUCGGCACCAUGACAUGGGGCAUCCAGAAUUCCGAGGAGGACGCCUUCGAACAACUCGACUACGCCAUAAAAGAGUGCGGAAUCAAUUUUGUCGACACCGCCGAAGCAUAUCCGAUCCCAUUCACUCACCCUCGCUACAAGCCCGGCAACACCGAGCGGUACAUUGGAAACUGGAUCGCGAAGAAUCCUACCUGGCGUGAAAAGGUCGUCGUCGCCACCAAAGUAUGCGGACCACAUCCAAACUCCUUCGUCGCCGCAGCAAGACAUCCAGAUCGCCAGUACGAGAAGGGGAAAAGUCCACCUGCUGACUUGGACAAGAAGAGUAUCCUUGAGGCAUGCGACGCAAGCCUCAGGAGACUCCAGACUGACUACAUUGACCUCUACCAGCUGCAUUGGCCUGCGCGAUAUGCACCAGGUUUUGGUUCGAGGACCUACGACUUUUCUAAAGAGCGGGAGAGCGUCGACAUGAAAGAAACUUUGAGUGGCAUCAAGCAGCUGUUGGACCAGGGCAAAAUCCGGGCCUACGGUUUGUCCAACGACACAACGUUUGGAGUUGCAGAAAUUGUGCGUGCCGCUGAUGAACUUGGCAUGCCUCGUCCGGCUUCUAUUCAAAACGGUUUCUGUUUACUAAACCGCAGCUUUGAAUAUGAACUGGCAGAGGCAUGCUCUCCUAUGCAUUACAAUGUCGGUCUCUUGCCGUAUUCCAUAUUGGGGGGAGGGGCCCUAUCCGGCAAAUAUCUUGGCAAGCUUGGUGCCAAUGGGUCCGAUUUGGAUCCAGAACUGUCCGAUUCACGGUUUGUCAUGUUCGAAGGCUACAUGAAGAGAUACGUACAUGAACAAGCGGUGGAGGCAACAGAAAAGUACAAGAAGAUAGCUGAUGAGGCGGGGAUGUCGCUUGCAACCUUGUCUCAAGCCUUUUGCAAAUCCAGGGCAUACAUUCCAUCGUCUAUCAUUGGCGCAACUACAAUGGAACAGCUAAAGGAAAAUAUCAAUGCGUUCCGUGUCAAGUUGGACAAAGAGGUCCUAGACAAAAUAGACGAGGUUCAUGCGUUUAACAAGGACAUCGCUUGCAGAUAGAGUCGAUUUAGAGUACCUUUCAUAGUUCAGUUUUUUAUGCAUACUGCUCGUGGCGGGCGUCACCUACUGUAGUGUCUUUCGCUCGAGGCUGGGGAAUUCAUGGCCUUUCGAGAAGUUAAAGAGGAAGCUCUCAGCGAAUUUCACCAGCCU